UUGAAAAAACAAACAAAAAAGAGAGGAAAAGAAAAACAAGGCAAAGCAGAGAUAGAGAGGGCAGAAUUUUCAUUACCAGCCCUCUCAAUAUCCCUGACAAAAAAAGGAGAAAAACAAAUAUAAAAUCUGAAAAGGGAGGGAAAAAAGUUUUAUAUUUUGCUUUCUCUUGGAUUUGUGAACCAUAUGCUUAUGAUUUUUUCAGUGUCAAAGUUUGUUAGUUCAUAAUCAUAUGGUUCACAAAUCCCAUUUCUUUGAUGCGCCGAUCCAAUGUCCGUUCUGUAAAUUGUGGGAAUAAUCAAAGAGAAGCCGAUAAGAUGGAUCCGAUGAAGCUCCAAUUCCGCUCCAACAAUCGACCCGGAUAUAGAAACCACCCAUUCAAGCAACACAAUGGAAAAUCAAGCCUAGUGUUGUAUACUACAAUUGCGUUUGUAUUUGUGUUCCUCUGUUAUUUUUUAGUUUUUCCAAAUAGAAGUGAUAGUGCAAAUCAUUACUAUGGGCACAAGAAAUUUGGGAUUGUGAUUGAUGGGGGUAGUACAGGUACGAGAAUUCAUGUGUUUAAGUACGAGGUUGAAAAAGAUGGGAUUUUAAGAUAUGAUUUUGGGAAAAAUGGGUUGGCCUCGAUGAAAGUAAAUCCAGGGUUGUCUGCUUUUGCGGAGGAGCCGGAGAGGGCUGCUUCUGCGGUGGCGGAGCUGGUGGAGUUUGGGAGGAAAAGGGUACCUCGGGAAUAUUGGAGGGAGACUGAAAUUAGGCUAAUGGCAACUGCUGGUAUGAGGAUGUUGGAGAAAGGAGUUCAAGAUAGGAUUUUGGAGGCUUGCCGAACCGUGUUGAGGGGCUCGGGUUUCAGGUUUUACGAUGAUUGGGCUUCCGUUAUUUCCGGUUCUGAUGAAGGUGUAUAUGCCUGGGUCGUUGCUAAUUAUGCCCUUGGCACUCUAGGAGGUGAUCCUAAGCAAACAACUGGUAUUAUUGAACUUGGAGGUGCUUCAGCUCAGGUUACCUUUGUAUCGGACGAAUCUUUGCCCCCUGAGUACUCUAGAAAGGUUAAAUAUGGCAAUUUCACUUAUAUCUUGUACAGUCACAGUUUGCUCCAAUAUGGCCAGAAUGUAGCUUUUGAGUUAUUGCGGGAAUCUCUCAUCAUGAGAAGCGAAGAAUUGGAUACCCUUCAAAAUGGAAAGUUAAUGGAUCCUUGUAUUCCUAGAGGAUAUACACAUGAUACUGGAUCAGGGAAAUUCUCCCCUGGUUCAUUGGCUGAAAAGAGUGGAUAUCUAUCUGCUCUCCAGCCCGGUGGUAACUUCUCAGAGUGCAGGUCUGCCUCUCUGAUGUUACUGCAGAAAGACAAAGAGAAAUGCUCCUAUAUAAACUGUUAUGUAGGAUCAACAUUUAUCCCUAAGCUCCAAGGAAAGUUUUUGGCCACAGAAAAUUUUUUCCACACUUCUAAGUUCUUUGGUUUGGGUCAACAAGCAUUUCUUUCUGAUCUCGUUGUUGCUGGAGAAAGAUUCUGUGAGGAUGAUUGGUCAAAAUUGAAGAUGAAGUACUACUCGCUGGAUGAUGAUGAUUUACUUCGGUAUUGUUUUUCUUCGGCAUAUAUUGUUGCCCUACUUCACGAUAGCCUCGGAAUUGCUCUGGAUGAUGAAAGGAUUGUAUAUGCAAAUCAAGUGGAGAACAUUCCCCUUGAUUGGGCAUUGGGUGCUUUCAUCUUGCAGAGCAGAACAUCCACGGACUAUGAGCAUUCUCCCUCAGUUGCCUCUGUGAUUGCUGGCGACUCUUUCACCUUGUUAAUCGUGUUUGGUGUCCUGGUGGUGUUGAUAUUCACGGUGUGGUACUUUUCAAAGUGUGGAAAACCACAGUUGAAGACGAUAUAUGAUCUGGAGAAGGGGAAGUAUAUAGUUACUCGUGUCAGUAGAUACUCAUAGAUUGUUUUAUAGGACAGGAAGAAUGUUAGACCACCAGAUAUUACACAGUUGAGUUUGAGGGCUGGGGGAGACGACUGUGUGUGGAAGGUCAGUAUUGCUGGAGUUUUGAUGGGAGAUCCAAGAUAAUUCUGGGGUGGAGUAGGGGAGGCUCCCCAUUCGUGUAAAAAGCUCUUCUUCUUUUUUUUUUUAUCUGUUUAUUGAUGCCAUCAUUAAGGGUCAUUCAUGAAUUUUUAGUCAGGCUUAGGACAAGAGUUACGCUGGGAUUUAGCUUAAAAAGGACAAGCAGGUACGUUGUACCAUUAUAUAGUGCAUUGUUAACUGCUACUUUGUACUUCUACAUUAUUGAUAUACAAACAAACUACUGUGGAUUUUUGCA